AUGAGGCAGAAAUAAGCUAAAACAAAUGCACCGAUGAAUAAUGGGGAUAUUUCUCCAUAGCAGCAUAACAGGGAGCUAUCUCAAAAUCAUAAAAAGAUAGUGGACAUUCUACAAAAGUUCCAAGGUGACCAGCCCAUUGAAAUUGAAUAACAAAAGCUGCCAUUAAGAGGUUAAGGAAAUAGUGCAUCAGAUAAUUUCCUAAAUAUUAAAUCACUUCAUGACAAAGAGAGGGAUGCUGAAGAUAUUGCUGAUGACAGCGAUGAAGAGAAAUCUAUCAAGGAUAUAAAUGUCUAUUAGAUAAAAUCACUUGAAGUGGGUGCAGGGAUAAAAGGAUUCGCUAAAAAUUUCAGUGAACAUGAUUUCCUUCAUAAAGAAUUGUUAAAAAAAAACAAAAAUUUGAUUGUUGGUAAUUAAGGGUCAAACAAGAUAUAAUUGAUUGUUAGGAUAAGACCAUUCUUGGUUACAGAAUAAGCUAAGGAAUGCUUGAAAGUAGUCAAUGAUAAUGGAAUAAGACUAUUUAAGGAUUUUCACUAAAUACAUUUUAAAUUUGAUAACAUUCUUAUGCCGAAAGAUCCUCAAGACGUUGUUUUCAGUAGGAUUUCUAAUAUAAUAUAAGGAUUUCUUGUUGGUUUAAGCGGGACUAUUUUUGCAUAUGGCUAAACAGGAGCUGGAAAAACAUAUAGUAUAAUGGGAGGAGAAGAAAGAGGAGAAUAGCUAAAGGAAAGCUACAGACGUGGAAUUCUUCCAAGAACUAUAGACUCUGUGUUCUAGAAAUUAGAAUAUGAAAGUAGUAAUACUGCCAAAGUUACUCUCUUUGUGAGUUUUUAUGAGAUAUAUAACGAAAAAAUAUAUGACUUAUUAUGCAAAAGUAAUAAAAAACAAAAUUAAAAUCCAAAGGAUUAAAAUAAAAGUAGCAAAAGAAGCCAAAGUCGAAGCUAAAUUGGAUCAAUUAUAAAAGAGUAACCUAAGCCAUAGAAUAAUUUAGACAUUAGAGAAGAGAAAGACGGCAAAUUCUCAAUUCCAGAUCUGAUCAAAGCACAAAUAUCAAAUAUUGAGGAAGCUUAUGAAUAAUUAGAGAGAGGUCUAUAAAAAAGACAAACGAGCUCUACAUCACUUAAUAACUAAUCAUCAAGAAGUCAUUCCAUUUUUCAGUUAUAUAUGGAAAAGUAUACUAAAGAAGGAACAUUAAUCAAAUCUAAGAUUAGAAUUGUAGAUUUAGCAGGCAGUGAGAAGUAUACUAUCAAAAAGGAUUUACCAGUUGCAGAAAAAAAUCAAAAGGUUUAAGAACUGACUUCGAUUAAUAGCAGUUUAAGUGCUUUAGGCUAAUGUAUUUCAGCUCUAUCCGAUCCGUUAAGAAAGCACAUUCCAUACAGAAAUUCAAAAUUAACAAAAGUGCUUAAAGAUAGUCUAGAUGAAAGUUCAAAUUUAGCUCUAAUUAUUUGUAUUUCUCCCUCUGUAGAUAGUUAUAAAGAGACCUUAAGCACUCUCUAGUUUGCAGACCGAGCUAAAAAAGCGAUUUUAGACGGGAGAAAUUUCAGUGAUUCUAAGCUUUUGUAGGAUUUCCACCCAAAUUCUGAUUCAAUUAAUAAUAUUUUAAAGGCAUAUCAAGAAGAAAAAGCCAUUAGAAAAGAACUUGAGAUGUAUAUGAAGGAAAAUAAUUAGUUAGAAGUGUUUGAAGAACUAGAUAGACUUAAGAAAUAGAAUAAAGAACUUUAAGAUAAGGUUAAGUAACUUGAACUGAACAAGGCAGUGAGUGAAACAGAGUUAGGUGUCGGCAUUUAACAAAAAUAGUUAAAAAGUUGUUUGAAAAAGGAAAAUGUCAACCACAAUGUGUCUAGUCAGAGCCUAAUAAACAUUAAGAUAGUUUAGAAAUAGAUGGAAAAUGAAGACAUUGAUGAAGAAGAUGAUCCGAAUAGGAAGAGAGUAAGAUUCGCUGAAAAACUUGAUAAUGACUAAUCACUUGAUAGUGAUGAUCGAGAAAGAAUCGAGCACAAUCUAAAAUAUAAUGACGAUACCAUUUUUGAUAAUAUAUCAAUUUUCAGAGAUUUAAAUAAUUCAGGAUUAACAACACCUCAUAGACUAGUUGAUAGAAAAGAUGUUCAUCCUUCUAGAUUAAAAACUCCAUUGCCAAUUGAAGAUGAUGAGGAUGAAGACGAGGAAGAAGAGAAAAAUGUUGUCGUCAAAGUCUAUGCCUAGGAGGAAAUAAAAUAAUUGGAAAGUAAUAAGAAAAACGAUCAAAAUAAAAGCUCAGAAGGUUAAAAUAGAAAUUCAUGGCUUCUUCAGAGUGGGAAUAAAAAUUCAAUUAAGCCAAUAAAUGAAUAUAAUAUAAAUGAAGAUAAUGGGGUUAGUCCCAUACAAAAAAAGAAGCCUAAUAACUCAGAUUAAGAUUUAUCAAAAGACUUAAUUGACCUUGACAAUGACUAAUAACUAAAAAAUUUGGAAGGACUUGAUGAAUCAAAAAUUAGUCAUUGUGUUGAUACUAGUGAUAAAACAGGUUCAAACAAAAAUAUAACUAAGAUAAAACUUUAAAAUUUCCUUUUCACAAAUGUAAAUUAGCAGGAAUCCAUAUUUGACUAAGUAGAAACUCCUGAGAUAAAUACAAAUAAAAACUAUCAAAUAUGUGAUGGUACAGAUAGAUUCUUUGACACAGAUUAUGAUGAAAACAGAGAUUGUGUGUAAGGAAUGAUUAUAGGAGAAAUGAACUUUUAAAAUAACCAAAUUCUAAGUGAUUCAAUAAUUGGAUUAGAUGCAGCCAUUGAAAGAGAAAAUAUCCCAAGCAUUUAAAUUAUGAAUACAAGCUAAGAUAAUUAAAACACUUUGCUAUUAGAUUCGUAAUCCAUGAUUAUAGAGGAUCCAAUGAAGGACUAAAAUAUGAGUUAAUAAAUGCUGUAAUCGUUGGAGGCUUCAAGUAUUCUUUAAUAAAGAGAUGCUAAUUAAUAACAAAAUAAUCAUUAGAAUCAAUAAUAGCAGUAAUGCUUUUAUUCAGUGGGUAAUUUGCAAGCACCCAGUCAAUUUGUUCUUUAAGGUGGAAUGAGCAGCAAUGCAAAUUCUUCAAACUAAAAUACAGAUGUAUUGACAUACUCUUUAACUAAUACCUUUUCUACUAUUGAAUCUCUUCAUGAUGAACUUACUGCAAUAAGGAAUGGGCUUGAGCUUUCUCAAAAAAGAGGAGCAAACAUAUUAAAGACAAUCCAUUAAUAUGCAAGAGAAAUAGAGGACAAUAGAGUUUUAGAAUUUUAAAAUCAGCCUACAGAUUAUAAAACUUACCAAGAUGAGGAGCUCAAAUCUCUAGACGGAAUAAACCUAUAAGAUGAGGAUAAGGAUAAUUCUAACUUUGAUAUUGAAAACAAUAAUUUUAUCAAUGACAUCAAGGGAUUCUACUCAAAAAUUCAUUAGGAGAUAAACUAAUUAAAGAAUAUACUUAUAGACUCAACUAUGAAUAACUAAAGUGACUCUCCUUAACCAAAAAGAUUAAUGAAUGACUAAUAAUAGGAUUAAAUUGCAACAUAAAGAUAAAAUUUCAAUAAUAACUCAGCAAUUCCUUAAUAGACAAUUUCAAGAAAUGUAAAUGAUCUAAAGUCUGUGUCGGCAGAUUAGAAUAUUAAAAACUAAGCUGAGGCAAACAGUAUGAUAUCGAUAGAAGGCAUUGAGAAGACUUAAUAGAUAAUCAAUUAGCUGAGGAAGGAAAUGGAAGUUAUUCUUAACAUUAACCCUGUAAAUACAUACAAGCGAAAAAGAAAUGAGAGAAAUUAGACUUAAAAAUCCCUUAAAGUCUUAGAUUUACUAGAAGCAUUAUAAAAUUCCCUUGUUUCAUCAGUAAUUAAUUGUUAACCUAAUUGUCUAUUAUAGAUCACACCAGCGAAGGCCGAAAGAUCUCCAAUGUAGCUUAGUAGUGAGAAGAAGACUAUUAAGAAAUAGUAAAGUGACAUGAAGCAAGAAAGCAGGCCAAGCACAUUCGCAAAAAUGUCAAGCAAAAAGUUUGAGUAUAACUAUGAAAAUCAGAGAUAAAAGUCUCCCUUAAUCUCAAGUUAAAAUGAGAGACAACCCGUAAGCCCCCUUUAUCUUAAAAAUAUUUAGGGAUUUGACAUUGAGAUGAGUGACAAGUAAGUUGUGUCAGGGUUUAUGUAAGACUAGAAUAAUCAUCAAAAGACAAAAAGUAAUCUCAUAAUGAAAUAAGAGGAAAUGAUACAAUCAUCAAUUCAAUAAACUUAGCCAUUUGUAGUCACAUCCUAGAAGACUUUCAAAAUUGGUCAGGUUAUGUAAGAACACUAGCAGAUUUAACCAACCCCAUUAAGAACAAAUUUGAGAAUCUCAACAGAUAAUCCAGUGGUAGUUCAGAAUAAUCAAAGAACUCCUGAGAUUUUCAAAUCAUUAGCAAAGCUUGAUGAGUCUGAUUAGAAUAUCAAUAGCAUUAUAGAUUAGGAUUUUAUGUUUUCCUCAUCUCAGAAUAACAUGAUACCCACUACUCAAAUGAACAAUUUUUUCUCAUAGCAAAGUUAAAACGCUCCUAGAUUUGUUACUAACAACAAUGAAAACUAGGAUAUGUAAAUCACUCUUCGUUCAUACAAUAUGAACGACCAAAUCAUAUCCAACAAUAGUUAGAGUAACAAUGUAAAUACCUCAUGUAUAGAAAAAGAUAAUUAGAUACCGACCUACAUCCCUAAUCAAAAUAUUGGAAAGAAAUCUAUACUUGCUCCAGGUGCCAAUCCUAAAGAGUAGAUGGGCACUGAUCACACCUUGACCUUGAUAUUCGACAGCGAAGACGAAGAAUUUGAUGAAAACGAUGAUAAGUUUGAUGAGCCAGAAAUAUAGGAAAUAGCUGAAGGAGAAAAUGAGGACUCUAUAAUUUUCAAUGACAAUAAUGAUUCAAAGAUUGAGCGAAACAGCUCAGUCGGCAAUGGAAGCAGACUGAAUAACAAUCUGAUAACUUCAAGUAGUUUUUAAGGCGAUAACAGUCUCUUGAUAUUUGCAAACAAUUUUAUAAAUGCAGGAAUCGAUAACAACUCUGGGGAACUCAGCCAAAACAUGAUGAGAUACAAAAAUCAGAAUUCCUAUAACAGAGAUGACUAGAACUCAGAUUUUAAAUUCAGUAACUAAGAUAAUUAGCAAAUCAGAGAUCUUAAGUCUCAUGCAAGGAAUAAGCAGGAUAUUAGCAGCAAUUUGCUAUCUAACUAAUUAGGUAUUCAGCAUUAUGGACACAAUGCUUUAGAGCACAGCCAAAGUAACCUCAAUCCAGACAAAAAAUCUCAUAAUAAGUAUCUGUUACCAUAAAAGAGAUAAGCUAGUGUAAGUUUUGGGUAAAAUACCAGUUCAAGUGGUGCUAAGACGACUUAGAUUUUAGCGACCAACCACAAGCCUUUCUAGGAUUAUAACGAGUAGAGAUCUUUGACUGAGUAAGAUUAAAAUGAUGGGGAUUAAUUUCCUCUUUCAAGAAAUCACCCUGAAAUUCAAUAAAAGUCAACAAGCAAAACAAGCGUCUAGAAAUACUGGAACCAAUUCUUUAACAAUAACAAAAACAAUACUUCUCUCUCCUAGAGCCCUCAUCUAAACAUAUCACAAAGCCUCGUACAGCCUUCAUCCUCUGAUCAAUCAUUGCAAUAGAAGUUUUCAAUUAAUUAAAUGCUGCCUCAUAACUAAGAAUAGCAUCACUUAUUCGGUGCACAUAAUCCUACUCGAUAAAGUAACUCCUUCAAAGAUGAUAAUUUGAAUUGA